AUGUCUGAAUCUAUUUCACAGAGAGCACUUGCCGAUGAAUUGGCUCCCAACUUUGCGCCAUUUUUUGGCUUCGCUGGUUGUGCCGCCGCCAUGAUUUUGUCAUGCGCUGGAGCUGCCAUUGGGACCGCCAAGUCUGGUAUCGGUAUUGCAGGUAUUGGUACUUUCCAACCACAAUUGAUCAUGAAAUCUUUGAUCCCUGUGGUCAUGUCCGGUAUUUUGUCGGUUUAUGGGCUCGUAGUUGCUGUGUUAAUUGCUGGAGGUUUGGCCCCCAACCAAAACUAUUCACUCUUCAAUGGGUUUAUGCAUUUAGCAUGUGGAUUAUCCGUUGGUUUUGCAUGCUUAGCGCUGGGCUACUCAAUUGGGAUUGUAGGUGAUGAAGGUGUUAGACAAUUCAUGCAUCAACCCAAGUUGUUUGUCGGCAUUGUCUUGAUUUUGAUUUUCGCUGAAGUCUUGGGAUUGUACGGGAUGAUCAUUGCUUUAAUCUUGAAUACAAAGGGAAGUGGUUAA